CCUAUAGGUACCAUCUUAUAGGGCUACCAGGUACGCUACCAAGACCUCUUUAACGGUAGUUCUCCGCAUAGACCAAAGUCCGAUUUCCAACGCUUGAACUUUAAGCUGUGCACGUUCAGCUGGUUCAAAGAGCACCGAGUCAGGCCACAGUUGACCCUUUCUGCUGGCAAGAUGGCGGGCUCCUCAGAGGACGCCCCAGCCCACAAGCCCUCCCCCCCGCGCUCGGUGGUCCUGGUGGAAAGCGACAUUGGGGUGCCCCCCAGCCGCCGGCAGUCAGAGCGACAGCUGCUGAGCUCAGUCCUUUCAGAGACGCAAGAAGCGCAGGGCGAGCAAAUUGAUGCGCUGUUGCAGCAGAUGCGGUUCCUGGAGGAUCAAGUACAACGGUUAAAUGCAGAGCUGGCGCAAUACCAGGCCGCCUCUCCAGGGGGAUCCCUGGGGCUGGGGCGCAGCCCUCUGGCCAGCCCCCCGGGAGGGUGGCCCCGUCCACAGCCACAGUCGCUGGCCGACAGUGAUGCAGUCACUCCCUUGAUGGUGGCAUAUGAUCGGCGGUUGAGGGACCAGGAAGAGGUGAUUGAGGAGCGGACGGCCCGGGCCGAGGAGCUGUCCGUACAGGUGGACGCGCUUGUGUCCGAAAACGAGCACCUGCUGUCCGAAGUGCAGCGCUGUAUGCACGUCAUCCAGAGCAGGGAGGCCGAGGGAGCGCCACCUGGCAGCGACUCCGACGCAAUGGCCCGACUGGAGCUGCUGUCGCGCGAGAACGACCUGCUGGUGGAUCAGCAGCGGGAACUAGAGGCGGAACUUUCUCGCGCUCAGGGGCAGCUCACGACCACCACUGCGGAGAACAACCGGCUGCAGCGCGAGGUCGCGCAGUUGCUCGAGCGCUCACAGAGCGCCGCAGAGGAACUAGAGCGGGGCGCAAAAGAGCGCGGCAGCCGGCAGGAGGAGCUGCGCCAGCUGGCGGAAGGGUACGACGCGGUGAUCGAACAGGUGGCGCGGCUCAAGGCCGAGAAAGGCGCCGCCGAGGAGACCGCGGCAGACUGCCGAAGACGGCUCGAAGUUGCGCAAGCCCGCUUCCACGCUGACGUCUCCGCUCUCGAAGCGCAAACCACGACCGCCCAGGAGCGCGCGCGCAUCGCCGCCGAUGCGCUCGCGGCCGCCAGCCGCGACGUCGACGCGUGGCGAGAGAGGUGCGCGAGCAGCGAGCGCGAGCUCGCGGCGACGCGGCGCGAGGCGGACGAGGCGCGGCGCGCGGCCGCAGCGCUGGAGGUGCGACUGAAGGAGUAUAAGCUGAAGGACGAGACGGCGUUCCAGAACGUGAAGAAGGCAAGGGACGAGGCCGAGGAGGCGCGCAGCGAGCGGACGCGAGGGGAGGCCAAGCUGGCCCGAGCGGAGGAGGCGGUGAUUAGUCUAACCCAGCGGUUAGAAGCGCAGCGAACCGAGCUCUCGAACAAACGGGAGGCGGACCUGGCCAGCCAUGCCGCGCGCGCCGCCCAGGCCCUGUCAGCGGCGCAGUCGGAGGCGCGCGCGGCCGCGGCCGAGUGCGCGGACCUGCACGCGACGCUGGACAGGGCGCUGCGCGACAAGCGCAGCGCGGCCGCGGAGAUGGAGCAGCUCAAGGCGCGCGCGGUGCACCUCGUGCCGGGGCGCGUCGAGGACGUCAGCAAGCACGCGGCGCAGCUGGCGGCCGCGACCGCGCGGGCGGAGGAGGCGGAGGCCGGCCGCGACGAGGCGCUCGAGAAGGUGGCGAGCCUCUCGAGCGCGGCGCAGCGCAGCAUGAACGACUGGGAGCGCGAGCGCAGCGCGCUGCUCGCGCAGGCGGCCGACCUGGGGCGGCAGCUGCAGCGUGUAGAGGGCGAGCUGGACGAGAAGCUAGGCGUGCUGCAGCAGCUGGAGAUGACGGUGGACGAGCUCGAGAGAACGAACCGGGCACUCAGCAAGGGCCAAGCCAAGGUGGAGAAGAGAGCCCGGGACGAAGUACAGGCAGUUCGGCUUGAGAAGGAGACCCAGGUCCGGUCGCUGACGAUCAAGUUGGACGACGCCGUUGCGCUGUACGAGCGUUUCGCGCGCGAGGCAGAGGACGUCAUCGCGUCCAAGGACCAGCUCGUCAACCGGUGGCGGGAGGAGGCGCAGCAGAUCGCCCGGAGCUUCGAGGCGGCGAGCGCGGAGCAGCGGGAGGAGAUUGGUCGGUUGAUGGCCCGGGUGGAGGACCUGACCAACCGGGCGCAGGCGGGGCAAAGCGUCAUCGACGGCCAGGAAGACGAGAUCAAAGGACUGCGACAGGCGCUCCAAGCCCUGAAACCCGCGUACGAGGCCCUCGAGCGGCGCGUUGCGGAGCUGAGCGCGCAGCUGUCGCUCGCGGCCGCGCGCGAGGAGCAGCUUCUGGCCGCGCGCGCGGAACUCCGCGGCGAAGUCGACCAGAUGGCGGUCGCGCGCGACCGAUCUGAGCGGGGGCGCGACGCGGCCGCGCGGCGCUGCGAGGAGCUGACGUGGCAGCUGCUCGAGGCGCAGAGCGCGAUCGAGGGCGUGGCGCUGUCGCCGUUACAGGUAAACCUGCCUCACAGUUUCAAUGACCCGGAUGCAACUAGGGAUGCCAAGCACAAAGGGAGACGCCGGUCGGAGCGAACACGGGGGAGAAGUCGCGAAGCGUUGGUAACGUAAAGUCCCACUACAUAGACGGAGGCUGUACAACUGAUUUGCCCAUACUAAUAGCUCGCCCUUUCGCUUACCCGGGUCUCGGCUUAGACAUCGGUGCUGCUUUUUGCCGACUGUUUCGAACACAGCGCAAAUCUGGGGCUUGUUCUAUGUCGCAUACCCCAGAGAAAGAGGCAGAGUUGCCUCUGGACGAGAAAACGAGGUGCCUGAUGGAAUUGUCAUUCGCUUUUGCUGAGGUACUUUGGAAGCCAAAG